GGCGGCUCGGCCAUGGCCCCGCUGCCGUCCCUCUGCCUCCUCCUCCUCCUCCUCCUCCUCCUCCCCCCCGAUGCCGCCGCCACGUCCCCGUCGUCGUCCCGCCUGGUCCCCUACGACCUGCUGUACGCCGACGGCGUGCGGGCGUACUUCGCCCGGGACUGGGGGCGGGCGGCCGAGCUGCUGCAGCGCGCCCUGCACAGCUACGCGGGGCUGCGGGCGGCCCGCCGAGCCUGCCGGGCCGCCUGCCGCCGGGAGGCCGCCUUCCUCGGCGGGCCGCCGGCCGCCGGGCCCUGGGAGGCGGCGCUCUUCGACCGGGUGCUGCAGCGAGCCGACUGCCUGCAGCACUGCCUGGGGAGCCGGCUGGGAGCCGCGCCCUCCGCGCACCGGGCCAGCCACGCCAUCCGCAGGGACUUCGAGCAGAGGGAGCCCUACAACUACCUGCAGGUGGCCUUCUUCCAGCUGAAGAAGCUGGAUCAGGCCGUGUCCGCCGCUCACACGUUCUUCGUCGCUAACCCCCAGCACCUCCAGAUGCGGGAGGACAUAGAGAAGUACCGGCGUAUGUCAGGGGUGAAGUCAGACAACUUCCGAGACCUGGAGGCUGCACCGCACUGGGAAGCAUAUGAGGCUGGCGUGCAGCACUACAACGCAGAUGAGUACCUGCAGGCUGUGGACAGACUGGAGGAGUCGCUCAGAGAGGCACUGUCAGCACUAGAAGAGUGUCGUGCCCUGUGUGAAGGGCCUUUGGAGGAGGAGGAGGAGGAGGAGGAGGAAGAGAUGCAACCUGGCCUCUAUGAAGCCAUUGCAGCCCAUUAUAUUCAGGUUUUGAAGUGCAGACAGCAGUGCGUCCUUGAAAUUGCCACAAAGCCAGGGCGGAUUUCUGCCACAGAAGAUUUUAUACCCUCUCAUCUUGAUUUACUACAGUUUGCCUACGAUCAAGUUGGGAACCAGGCACUGGCUGCUGAAUGUGCUGCUUCCUAUUUGCUCUUCUAUCCCACGGAUGAGCCAGUAUUGGAGAAAAUGAAACAGUACCAAACAGAACUUGGAGAGGACACAACUGUCACAGCAAGAGAGAAUAUUCACCAUUAUGUGCAGAGAUCUCUGAUGGAGAAGAAGUUGAUUUACUAUGCAGUGGAGCAUCUAGGAGGAACUUUUAAUGACCCUGAUCUUUGGACUCCAGAUGAGCUGAUUCCUGAAAAUCUAAAGCAGAAAUACAGAGAGGAUCAAGAGAAGCAAAAGCAGGAAACUCUGGAUGUAGAAGAGAGGGAGAAGAGGGGUCCUUUGCCUUUUGAGGGUAUCACUGUCACCAUGGAUUCCCGACAGAUGAAUGGAACCCACAGGGUUGUGUUUGACAGAGUCCUGACAGAGUCUGAGUGUAAAGACCUUCUCCGGCUGACGAAGGCAGCGGGAGGAACAGGAGAUGGCUACCGAGCGAGACGCUCCCCUCAUACCCCACAUGAGAGAUUUGAAGGGUUAACUGUUCUGAAGGCCAUGCAGCUGGCCCAGAAUGGGGACGUGGACUGGAGAGAUGCCAAACUGCUUCUGCAGGCCAGUGAGAAAUCACGGAAAAUCAUAGAAUCCUAUUUCACUCCUGGAAGGAAACUGCAUUUCUCAUUCACACACCUUGUGUGCCGCACAGCUGUAGAAGAGGAGCAGGAAGGUCGCAUGGAUCUCAGUCAUCCUGUCCAUGCUGAUAAUUGUCUGUUGGAUCCUGAGGGGAAAGAGUGCUGGAAAGAACCACCUGCCUACGUCUACAGGGAUUACAGUGGCAUUCUCUACCUCAAUGAUGAUUUCCAAGGUGGGGGCCUUUUCUUCACUGAAAUGGACGCUGUGACUGUCACGGCCAAGGUGCGUCCUAAGUGUGGGAGGCUGGUAGCCUUCAGCUCUGGCAAGGAGAACCCCCACGGCGUGUGGGCAGUGAGCCGUGGGAGGCGCUGCGCCAUUGCUCUCUGGUAUACACACUCCCAGGAGCAUGCUGAGCAGGAGCGGGUAAAGGCAGAGGAACUGAUGGAGCAGAGAGCCGCGGAGCAGAACAAGCCUGAUGGAGAAGAAUAUCAGGGUGCUGAUCACAGCAGCAGAUCCUCCUCAGAGUCCCUCACUCCCGAUGGCAGAGCCGGGCCUGUGAGCCGGAGACACAAGCCUGGCUCGGACAGGAUGCAGCAGCCCAAGCAGACGCGGGCCAGAGAUGAGUUCUGAGUACACAGGGCCCCAGGGCAGGACUUGCACGCGCAGUGAGCUGGCAGGUGUUUGUAGCACAAGGACCAUGAAGGCCUAAAGCAGUUUAUUAGCAUGCUAGAGCCAUAGUGAUGGGGAGGGUUGCAGCUUUCUUCUCUGUGACAUCCCAGCAGCUGAAAAACAGGAGCGAGGACAGUGUAUUAAGGUUAGCAACUCCUGGAUCUUUCUUUACUGCCCUGCCAACGUGUUCGUGUCACUCAGAAGUAAGAAGGCAGGCUCCCCUCACCCCACUCCUCUCAGAGCCAGCUUCUUGGUCAUACAGGGACAAAGACAAGAGCUGGAGGAGGAGCCUGGGGACAUUCAGGAGCAAGGGCUGUCUCACAUUCAGGAAUUCAAAAAGGAGAAGUCUCUGAAUUUCCUUGGUGCCUGCAAACUCCAGAACCUCGAGACUGGCAUGUGAGAGUAGAUGAGGGACUGUGAAUAUAUGGAAUAAAAGCAAAAUGCUGGA